UCCGGCUGUCUGUGGCUGAACGCAGCCGCCCGGUGGCUGCAGAUAAACACAUUUUGUCGAAAGCGUGUAAGACCGCAGUAAGAGCGAGCGUGUCACUUCUCAAGACAUAUUCAUGUUUUAACACUAAACUCGUUUUCAGGAUUAUACUUUUCCACAUUCUCCGCGAUCAGACAUUCGUGCUACUUUUAAACGAGGACGGUAGUUUUGGCAUAACUGUGCUCAACCUCUAACUACGACAGCAAGGUCGACCCAUGUCUCGACAGAUCGGGCGUAUCUGAAGCAUAUCUCCUCACCGUAGAAGUGAGUGAGUUGUGUACCGUGUGUUUCAGGAUGCGCUAUGUGUCGAGCGGCUCGCUGUCUCUCGGGUCUCUGGGUCUGCUCCGUCUCUUCGGGGCGUCCUGGUCCUGGAGCCUCGCUGCGGGUCUGGGGGUUUAUUUGGGGACCGGAGGGUGGAAGUUCUUAUAUGUUGCCAUUCGCACGGCUAGAAGGGACAUCUUCGGUCUGAAUGUGCUCAUGAGGGUUAAAAUUGCACUAUGGCGUCACAUUCGCAACGGAGACACCAUACCCUCCAUCUUCGCAAAAACUGUGGCUAAGCACCCGGACAAACCAGCGCUCGUGUAUGAAGCCACCGGUGAAACAUGGACCUUCGCCGAGUUAGACCAGAUCUCCAAUGCUGUGGCCCACUGGGCGCUGAGUCAGGGCUGGACCUCAGGGGACGUGGUGGCGCUGUUCAUGGAGAGCCGGCCGCUCCAGGUGGCGCUCUGGCUCGGUCUGGCCAAAGUUGGCGUGGAGGCUGCGCUGAUCAACUUCAACCUCCGGCGGGAUUCGCUGUUGCACUGUAUGGGCGUGUCUGCAUCUCGAGCGCUGGUGUUUGGAGGAGAGCUCGCAGACGCUUUGUUUGAAGUGAGCCCCUCUUUGAGUGAGAACAUGGUCCGGUUCUGCACGGGCGAUCUGAGACCAGACCAGUUAGCAGCACUGAAGUCUCAACCUCUCGACUCCAUUCUGGCAUCUUCUCCCCGACACCCACCGCUCUGCACCCCGACCAAGGGCAUAAAUGAUCAUUUGUUCUACAUCUACACAUCCGGCACCACAGGACUCCCUAAAGCUGCUAUAGUGGUGCACAGUCGCUAUUUCAGGAUUGCUGCUUUUGGGUACCAUUCUUUUCGGAUGCGCUCAGAUGACAUUAUCUAUGACUGUUUACCCCUUUACCAUUCAGCAGGUAAUAUCAUGGGGGUGGGCCAGUGUUUAAUUUACGGUUUGACUGUGGUGGUCAAGAAGAAGUUUUCUGCAAGUCGGUUUUGGGAAGACUGCAUUAAACACAACUGUACUGUUGUGCAGUAUAUAGGAGAGAUCUGCCGAUAUUUGCUGUCUCAGCCCGUGCGCCCGUCAGAGCGUCAGCACAGGGUUCGAUUAGCUGUUGGGAAUGGAUUACGGCCCAGCGUGUGGGAGGCUUUCAUGGAGCGUUUUGGAGUAAAAGAGAUAGGAGAGUUCUAUGGAGCCACAGAGUGUAACUGUAGCAUUGCCAAUAUGGAUGGCAAGGUUGGAGCUUGUGGGUUUAACAGUCGCAUUCUGCCAAACGUGUACCCCAUCCGGUUGGUCAAAGUGAAUGAAGAGACCAUGGAACUGGUACGAGACAAGCAUGGAUUGUGUGUGACUUGUCAACCUGGAGAGCCUGGGCUGCUGGUGGGGAGGAUAAACCAGCAGGAUCCUCUGCGACGCUUCGACGGCUAUGCCAAUCAGGAUGCCACCAGGAAGAAGAUUGCCCACAACGUGUUCAAGAAAAACGACUCUGCAUAUCUAUCAGGUGACGUUUUGGUGAUGGAUGAACUUGGAUACAUGUAUUUCCGGGACCGCAGCGGUGAUACUUUUCGUUGGAAGGGUGAGAACGUCUCAACUACCGAGGUGGAGGGAACGUUGAGCAGUCUGUUGAGACAGACCGAUGUGGCAGUGUUUGGAGUAACAGUACAAGGUGUGGAGGGGAAGGCCGGAAUGGCUGCCAUCGCUGAUUCAACCGGAAGCUUUAACUGUGAAUCUUUCCUGAAGGAGGUUCAGCAAGCUCUGCCUCCAUACGCACGGCCCGUGUUUCUACGUAUCUCACCAUGUGUAGAUACCACAGGAACGUUUAAAAUUCAGAAGACCAGAUUGCAGAAGGAAGGGUACGACCCACGGCUCACAAAUGACCGGAUCUACUUUUUCAACUCCAGAGCAGGCCGAUACGAGCUCAUGACCGAAGAGAUGUAUAAUGCUUUCGAAGAAGGCCGGAUAUCUCUUUGAGAUAAAGAGAGCAGUCCAAACCCACCCUCUGGAACGUAAUGCAAGCGUAACCAAUAGAUUUGUCCAGCUAGUAUUAGCCACAUUUUUGUAAUAAUAGUAUUGCAUUUGAGAGGUUUUAGUAUUAGAAAGCACAAGCCGUGCCUUGCAAAUGACGAACUGAUAUGCAAUGGAUGAAAGAAUAAGAGUGAGUUAUUACUUAAUCCAUUAUUCUGAUCAUACGGUUGUGUACAACCGGUUUUACUAAAGGCAUUACUGUCGAAAGACAAGAUUAAAAAUGAGGUCUAUCUUCUAUUUGACAUUAGACUUAUACCACUAGACCAGUGGUUCUCAAACCGGGGGCAUCAAAAUGGAUUCAGGGAAGGCACAGAUUUUGUGUCAUUUUAUAAAAUAUAGAUUUUUUUCUGAGAUUUGAUGCCAUCAAAUAUCAUUUUUCAACUAAGGCAUACUCCUGACAUAGUCUGUGAAACCGGGCCUAUAAAUCUUUAUUUGGGGGGGACAAAGCGAUGCACUCUAUACAGAGGGGCCUUACACUGAAAAAGUUUGAGAACCACUGUACCAGACAACUGAAAUAUGACAAUGUGUGAAUGUUAACCGAUUUGAGACUUUUAUUACUCAAACUUUUGUUAAAAUGUCUAGCUGUUGCGUUUAAUCCCCAAUGUGACUUUAUUUUAGAAUAAUGAAAGAUACUGAGUAUCUAUAAAUAGCCACUAAAAAAGUGCCUUAGAUUUGACCUCCCUAAGCUUGACCCAUAAGUGGUAAUGGAGAGUUUUUCCAGUGCCAUGAUUCUGAUGUGAUGCAGGUAAGCAUUGAGUAAUCGUAUUAAUCCUCUGAAGACUUCUGAAUGAAUAAUGUUAUGAAUAAAUGUUCUUACUGCAACUCUUA